AUGUUUAAUUCUAAGGCAGAAAAUCAACUUUCUUCAAUAUCCUCACAAAAAAGCCAAGUUCCAGCUGAGAACUUUCCAUUUUGCACCAUCAAUCCUAAUGAAAGUCGUGUUGCUGUACCUGAUAACAGGUUCGACUGGCUUUGCGAAUACCACCAACCUGCCAGAGGCACCAAGCGCCCCCAAACUUCUGAAAGGUCACUUCCGGUAUUUGAAAUAGAUGUUCACGGUGAAACGGAUCUCAAUGUUGAAGGUCGUAUUGGUGGCGAUGGGACAUUGUCCGCAAGGGGCAAUUUAUAUGCUCAAAAACUGGCAAUCUUCAUGGAACAGGAAAAGUUACAUGAUCUCAAGGUUUGGACAAGUCAUUUUAAACGCACUAUUCAAACAGCUGAUAAUAUUCGCUGUUCACAAAUAUGCUAUUGGAAGGCAUUAGAUGAGUUGGAUGCAGGAGUUUGUGAUGGUAUGACCUAUGAAGAAAUACAAGAAAAAUAUCCUCUGGAUUUCGCUCGACGUGAUUCUAACAAAUACUUUUAUCGUUAUCCGAUGGGAGAGUCCUAUCAUGAUUUGGUGACACGUUUGGAGCCUGUAAUUAUGGAGUUGGAACGACAGACGUCAGUGUUAGUUAUUUGUCACCAGGCGGUAGCACGUUGUCUGUUAGCAUAUUUUGAAGAUAAAGACAAAAAUGAACUACCCUAUAUUCGUGUCCCCUUGCAUACUGUUUUCAAAUUAACACCAACUGCUUAUCGUUGCAUAGUUGAACGAGUGGAGCUUAAUGUGCCUGCUGUUGAGACACAUAGAGAAAAACCAGAGACUCUCAGAUCACAACGAUCUUCAUUUGAAGCAAUGAAAACUGUACCAGCCCACUACUAGUGUGUACUGUCACUCAGGAAUCAUGUCUUUUUUUUAUUUUAAAUUUCCUAUUGGAAUUGACUGACUUUUGUCUUUUUUCGUCUUGUUUUUUUUUUACAAGAAAAGAGGAAACAAUUGUAUACUAUAUAACUUCCAUUCUCCUUUUUUUUUUUGUUCUGUUGGAUGGAUGAUGAUGGGCCUAAUUCAGAAGAUUGUUUCACGCUCACUACUCAUUUUAUUUGCAACUGCCUAGUUUUCAGCUGUCUACUACAUUCAUCUCUUUUGAAAAAUGCCUUGUACACGUCAAAAGAAAGAAGGAAAAAGUUGUACAACGACAAAUUCUCCUCUUUGUAUAGAUAACCUUCCUUCUGUUCAAUGACAUAUUGAGUGUAGAGAAAAGGCGAACAACCCGAGAGAGAGAGAAAGAGGUAGUCAGCACAAGAAAAAGAUACAGUGAGUUACUCGGAUGGUGCGUGUACACAAACGAAGAAACAUGAAAUUUUCUUUGUAAAAAAUAGCAUACUUGUCCAGUUGUGUCUUUUUGAAGUGUUGGCAAUAAUUGACAUUGUUAUACUUUCCCUUCAAAUCAGUUCACACAUACACGUGUUGUUUUGUUGACUUUACCUCACUCUUUAUUUGAUUUGUUUUGGAUAAUGUUUUGAUAAUUAUGUAGCUAUAAUACCAAUGAGUUAUCAUAUCUUUUCCUUUGCAACAAGCGUAACUGUCUUUGCAGCUUACAGGCGCCAUUGUGAAUGAUUGAGUCGCCUAGUUAACCUUCUGUGUCGAAAUCAAACAGACAGACAAUGUACAACCUCGCACACAUCCACGUCAGCUCAAGUUGCAACACUCCACAUUAGUAUACAAACAACAGGUGCAUAGAAAAACAAUGAUACCAAAGUAGACAAAGUUGUGUGAGAGACUAAGCAAUUUGAAGAUAAAGGUUAGUGAGAAUAUUCAAGUUGUAGAAAAACGUCAAAGAGUGAAUACUUCUGCACCAUUGUCACCAAGAGUUCUCAAACACUGAUUCCCAUCGUUUCGAAGACCUCAGUCAGGCAGUCUACAUCUCCCCACACACCUCACACCAAUAGUCAUGGACUUCAUCGACUGGUGUCAUGUCUUGCUCUGG